CCGGUGUCUGCAGGCAGGGGGAGCGGGGGAGCGGCGGAAACAUGGCAGCUGCCUUGGAGAAUGAAUUAGAAAUAGAGAACGAGGAUUAUUAUUCCCUCCUGAACGUGAGCAGAGAGGCGACUCAAGAGGAGCUGAAGUCCUCGUACCGCCGGCUCUGCAUGCUCUACCACCCAGACAAGCACAGAGACCCUGAGCUCAAGAGACAGGCAGAGGAGCUCUUCAACCUCGUCCACCAAGCUUAUGAAGUCCUUAGUGACCCCCAGUCUCGAGCCAUAUAUGACAUUUUUGGGAAGAAAGGGCUGGAGGUGGAAGGAUGGGAGAUGGUGGAGAGGAAGCGGACCCCUGCUGAGAUCAGGGAGGAGUACGAGCGCCUGCAGAGGGACAGGGACGAAAGGAGGCUACAGCAGAGGACCAAUCCCAAGGGCACCAUAAGUGUGGGCAUAGAUGCCACAGAUCUGUUUGACCGCUAUGAAGAGGAUUUUGAGGAAAUGCCAGGAGGAGGAUUCCCACACAUUGAGAUCAACAGGAUGCACAUAUCCCAAUCUAUAGAGGCUCCCUUAACCACCACAGACACGGCCGUCCUCUCCGGCUCUCUGACCACACACAACGGCAAUGGCGGAGGUAAUAUCAACCUGUGUUUGCGACGGGUCACCUCUACAAGGGGCUGGGGAGAGCUGGAGUUUGGAGCAGGAGAUAUUCGAGGGCCUCUUUUUGGAAUGAAAGUCUUCCAAAAUAUAACAGCACGCUGUUUUGUUACUGCUCAGUGCGGUAUGCAGUUUUCAUCUCGUGGCGUGCGGCCCAAUGCCAGCACCAUGAUGGCUCGGCACCUGGACCAGAACACCAUGGGUUACCUGCAGUGGCGCUGGGGCACUGAAUCAGCCAUGACCACCAGCAUCGUCCGAGACACCAAGACCAGCCAUUUCACCAUGGCUUUACAGCUCGGCGUUCCCCAUUCUUACCUGAUGAUGAGCUAUCAGUACAAAUUUCAAGAUGAAGACCAGACCAAGGUCAAGGGUUCUGUCAAAACCGGCUUCUUUGGAACAGUGGUGGAAUACGGUGCAGAGAGGAAGAUCAGCAGGCACAGUGUGUUGUCAGCAACUGUCAGCAUUGGGGUACCCCAAGGAGUCUCCCUCAAAAUCAGGCUGAACCGAGCCAGUCAGACCUACCUCUUUCCCAUCCACCUAACAGACCAAGUCUUGCCCAGCGCUGUGUUUUACGCCACUGUGGGCCCUCUGGUCAUCUAUUUUGCAGUCCAGAAACUGAUAAUCACACCUUACGUACGCGCCCAGAAGGAACAGGAGCUGGAGAAGCACAGAGUGGACUCUGCUUCAGACAUUGCCAAGAAGAAGCACGAGGCCGAAUCAGCAGUGGUUCUAAUGCAGGAGUCAGUGCGGAGGAUAAUUGAGGCAGAGGAGUCCAAAAUGGGUCUCAUCAUCUUAAAUGCCUGGUAUGGCAAAUUUGUGACCGACAACAGCCAAAAACAGGAGCGGGCAAAGGUCAUAGACGUGACCGUGCCCCUGCAGUGCCUGGUGAAGGAUUCCAAACUCAUCCUCACUGAGGCUUCAAAGGCUGGUCUGCCUGGGUUCUAUGACCCGUGUGUCGGAGAGGAGAAGAGCCUGAAGUUGCUGUACCAGUUCCGGGGCGUCAUGCACCAAGUGCUGUCUGGGGACACCGAGGCCCUUAGGAUACCCAAGCAAUCACACAGGAUAGAUGCAGAGACAUAGACGCAGAGUCUUCCUCACAGAUGGACAGAUUCGACAGACAGAUACUAUACCGGGACGGAUGAAAGGACAGACAGACAUGGAGAGGUGAAGAUAAAUCUGUGGGCUGUCCGCUUCAUUUCGUCUCAUGUUGUUGAGUAUGUGUAAACCCAGUUCACCUUUCUUCUUUACCCAACCCCAACCCCCCCCUUGGUGUUCUAUAACAUAUCCAUGUUCACUAGACCACAGAACAGCAGUCAGCGUACGCGUCCGGGGUUAGCGUGAGUGUAGCUGUUACCUGCUUCAUGCCGGAGCGUGCAGCGAUUCGUCCUUUUAGUUUACUUCUCAUUGUACUGUCUGUCAGAUGAGAGCAUCGGUCCAGUUUUGUUCAUUUGCUUAUUGGUUCAAUAGCUCAUUGGCAGCCUCAUUGGUGGGAGUGAUGUAACAAGAAUUGUGAGAAUUGUGUGCAGAUGACUACGAUCUGAAGAUGUGGCCUAUAAUAGGCCAUCCAGACUGCGGCUGUGCUCUACAGUUACAAAGCUAUGCAAUAAGAGAACCCUCAGAUAUAGUUACAGUGGUGUGAAAAAGUAUUUGCCCCCCUACAGAUUUCUUUCUUUUUUUUUCAUUUUUUUUUUUCUUUUUUUGAUAUUUUUGAUAUUUUUCAGAUUAUUGAUAACCUGGGUGAAUAUAAAAAGCACUUUUUAAAUGAUGAUAAUUUUAUUUAUUCAAGAAAAAAAAAAUCCCCAAACCAAUCAAGUAACUUGAUUUUGUCAGCAGUGUUUUUUGCCUUGGAACUCUCCCAAGGAUUCCAUUUUUGAUCAGUUUUUAUCUUAUUCUUGAAUUAUUAAAACUGACCUUAACUGACGCAAGUGAGACCUGCAGUUUUUUAGAUGUAGUUCUGUUGUUUUUUUUUUUGACCUUCUGGAUGAGUUGUCCAUGCCCUUUUGGAAUAAUUUCGGUAUUUUUGUCACUCCUGGGAAGGUUCAGCAGUGUUCCAUGUUUUCUCCCUUUGUGAAUAAUUUUUUAGCUUUUACUGUGGCCCCCUGGAGCCUUAAAGCUUUAGAAAUGACUAUGUCCAGACCGAUAGAUGAUUUUAAUGCCUUUGUUUUUGUUUUUUUUUUGUUUUUUUAUCUGUUUUUGAAUUUCUUUAAGUGAUUUCUUGAGUCUAUAGGUCUGUUAAUUAUCAGCUUUUCAGAGAGUGUUUGUUUUUUCCUUAAUAAAUGAAAACAUCAUUUAAAAAGUACUUUUUAUGUUUGCUAAAAAAAAUAAGUUUGUAAGUAUAAAAAAAUGUAAGUAUAAAAAAAAGUGCAUAAACAAAAGAAAUCUGUAAAGGGGCAAAUACUUUUUAUAGCACUGUAGAUAGUAUAUUGCAUAGCUUGAGAUAUGAUCACAGUUCCUAACUGACACUUAUUUAUUUAUUGGUGUGUGGGAGUGUGUGUCUGUGUGUGUAAAAAUAUAUUUGUAUAAGGGAAGGACAAACUAUGGUUCACUGUGCCUCUCUGUAUUGUAGCACCAAACUUGACAAUAACAUGACGUAUUUUGGCCACUCUCUAUAGGGCAGCCAUGAUGGGGACUGUGUUAGUAUAUUAGAGCUGCACAAUAUGGUAAUAAGGACACACUGUAACUUAUGCACUGAAAGCUAUUUAAGCACUAAAAGCAUCUGCUUGAAUUUAAAAGUAUUUUUUGGCUUUUAAAAAUACACAUUACACACUACAGGACACACCGUGUGUGUGUGUGUGUGUGUGUGUGUGUGUGUGUGUGUGUGUGUGUGUGUGUGUGUGUGUGUGUGUGUGUGUGUGUGUGUGUGUGUGUGUGUGUGUGUGUGUGUGUGUGUGUGUGUGUGUGUGUGUGUGUGAAUGUGUGUGUUCAUUUUUCGGACCAGAUUUACAGAAUAAAGGAGUGCUGGUUUAGUGCUGGAGAUAAAACUUGCUCCUUUUAAAAGUGUAUUUUAGCCUCUACAGCUCUGUUCCAACCAUUUUAACACUACAACUUAUUUAAUUAAUGCAUUAAAUAAAUGUUUUAUGCUCCAUAUAACAGGUUCUGACACUAUUUAUACCACAAAAUGUUGAAAUGUUAAAAGUUAUGAUGAUGUGUUAUCAAUUUAUGCUACAUUGGGAUUUUAAUAUUAAAAUAUAAAAAAAGUGAUAUGCUCACAAUAACACCAAAAAAAAAAAAACAGGAAUAAGCUGCUCACUGAGUUUAUCUAAUUUAUUAAUAAAUACAUACCCGGUUAUGUGAUGUAUUAAGAUCAGAAAUGUUUUUUUUUUUUUUUACCAAUAGAAAAGACUCAUUUGAACUCGUGAUUAGACAAUGGGAUCCAAACACUGCAUUGAGUCGAAAGACUUAAAUACUGUAGCAUUUUUUUUUUCGGCAACAUUUUUUGCUGAAUCUAUUCUUCUCUCUACAGGUAAAAAGUAAUGUGUGUCACUGACUGCAGCACAACCUCAAAACAGGUUAACAGUUGAACAGUUGGAAAGAUGUUCUUUUUCAGAUCUGUAGUCAGGCUUUCAAGACUCUCUGAAAAUGUUUUGCUCCUAAUUCGUGAGCAUCAGUUAUUUAAUCUUUUAGAGUGAUGGGCAGCUGUUUAGAGAAUCCUAUGGCUGCUGAUUGUUGGGAUAAGUUUUAAGAAGUUGGCGUAUUGUAAAGAUUUAAAACUUGCCUCACGUUGUCUUUCAUUAACAGUGUUAUAAUAGUGCUUUUCUACUGCAUGGUGCCUACAGUACCAAUCAGUUCGGACACCCCUUAAAUUUAGUGCGUUUUCAUUAUUAAAAAAUAAUAUAGACUGUCCUAUAGAUUAAUACUAAAAUCAAAUAAAUAAAAUAUAAAUAUGUCGUAUAUUUUACAUUUUCAAAGUAGCACCUCUUGCUAAGAUUAGAGAGUUUUGCACAUCCUUGCUGGAUUUUCUCAGUCAGCAUUAUGAGGUAGAGUCACCUGGAAUUCAGGUUUCAGUUAACAGCUGUGCUGAACUCAUCAAGAGUUAUUUACUUGAAUUUCUUGCCUCUUAAUAAAGUGUUUGAGAGCAUCAGCAUCAUUGUAAAGUAGUGAAGAGGUAGAGUUACUGGUAUACAGUGAAUACAACUAUUUAAGUAAUUUUCUAAUCCAUAUUAUGGCAAGAACUGCUCAACUAAGUAAAGGAAAAAAAACACUAAGAAAUAAAGGUCAGUUAAUUUGAAAAAAUGUCAAGAACGUCACAAGUGCAGUUACAAAGACCAUCAAACACUUUAUGAUGGAACUGGCUCUCAUCAGGACUGCUCUAAAUCCAAAAUCUACUUGGUCUUUUGAACAGAUACAAACAUUGUGAGGUAGGGACAGUGGAAAACGAAGCAGGUACCAGGUACCUAAAAGCGAGUUGAGUCUAGAAGUGUAGCAUAUACUGUACUAUGCAGUAUUAAGAUUUUCGUUAAGUUUACUAGCAGUGCAAAUCUCUUAUGCCUAAACUUGUGCAUGGUUCUUUCCUUUUUAACAUUAAACUCUAACAUUGUACCAAAUAAUAAUAACAUGCAAUCAAUAAUGUUGCCUAUAAAUGAAACACAAAAGAGACAUUUAUUAUUUUAUUGAGAUACUCAGUAAUUCACUUUAACAUACUAGUAUCUCAAAAAAUAGAAUAUAAUUGAAAAGUUACUUUAUUUCAGUAAUUCAGUUCAAAAUGUGAAACUCAUAUAUUACAUAGAUGUAUUACACACAGAGUGAUCUAUUUUAAGAUUUUUUUUUCUUUUAUUGUUGAUGAUUAUGGCUUACAGACAAUGAAAACCCAAAAAUCAGUGCCUCAGAAAGUAAAAAAAUAUAUAUAUAUUUUAUAAAAGAAGUGGCAGUGUGGGCAGUGUGCCAAGUCCUGCUGGAAAAUGAAAUCCGCAUCUCCAUAAAAGUUUUCAGCAGCAGAGGGAAGCAUGAAGUGCUGUUAGAAUUUGUGGGAAACAAAACUGCACUGACUUUAGACUUGAUAAUAAAACACAGUGGAUCAACACCAGCAGAUGACAGACAUGUCUCUCCAAUCCAUCACUGAUCAUCAGUAAAUUUUACAUUUCAUUUAAAGUAAAUCAAGGGAGCAGAGUCUGGAGGAAGAGUGGAGAGACACACAGUCCAAACUGCUCGAGGUCUAGUGUGAGGCUUCCACAAGUUUCAGUGAUGGUUUGGAGAUGCAGACACCAAAAGUAUCAAUUGAUCUAAUUUUUUUAGAGACACUAGGUUUGGGUUUUCAUUGGCUGUAAGACAUAAUCAUCAACAAUAAAAGAAAUAAACGCUUAAAAUAGAUCACUCUGUGUGUAAAACAUCUAUAUAAUAUGAGUUAAACAUUUUGAACCAAAUUUUAUAUAUAUAUAUAUAUAUAUAUAGUAUACACACUAGUAUAUUUGGACCUGGGGUACCCAUAUAUUUGCAUGCCACUGUAUAUUGUGUGCAGCCCUAUUUGUUUUACAGAUAUAUAUGUGUGUUGAAUCUUAUGCUGCUCGUCAUCAAUUAUCUAUAAGUUUUCCAUGUUUUCUUUGUCUUUUGUUAGUUUUAGGCUGUUUGUUUUUAUUAUGUUAGUUUGAGCCAGUAUUAUUUUCCCCUCGACUGAACAGUGUCGUGUCUGCUGCUGUUCUUUUAAUCCGAAUCGCGUUCCGCUUUGGAAGUGAGACUUUAUCACAGCAUUGCACGAAUGGAGCUCGAGUGAAGGAACUGAAUGAUUGGGAAUAGUUUGUUUUGUUGGUUCGAAUAGCGUUUACCGACACAGUGAAUGAACACGGAACCGAGCACACCAGAGAGUUAGUUAAAGGAAGUCAAUUCUAACAGAUUAAUUUAGUUAUAAUAUAUAUAUAUUUCAUAUCCAAAUGUGACUUGCAUAUGUAUAGUGUUAUGUUGAUGUGCCAUUACUCCAUUCAUCUGUUCUUUUAGCAGUUUGCACCAUCAUCUAAAGUUCAUCAUAUUUGUAAUUACGGUACCAUGUUUAUUUAUUUUUUAACAUCAGUCAGAAUGGAUAUGUACUUAUUACAGUUUCUGCUCACAUAACCUAUUGUGAUAACUGUGAGGCUAAGCUGGGCUGACUGCUCGUGAGGACUGAGGACUGCAGUUCAUGCUCUGCAUUCUUGGUUGACGAAGAAAAAAAAAAAAAGAAAAAAAGAGGGAUUUUUUUUUUGUGCUCCUCUGGAUGGGCAUAAACAGGUAUACAAUUGUUCUCUUAAAUGUUCCUUGUUAGCACUACCAAGGGACAGUUUUAGUGCAAUAAAACUUGAAAAACUAGGCCACAGCACCCUUUUAGGCAACAGAAUUGCUCAUCUGUUACACCUAUAAGGCUUUCAGGGCCUGGUACUGGACUAAAAUAGCAUUCCAAUAGACAAUUCCCUCACUGAGAACCGUGAAAGAGCUCCUAUAUAUGUUAAAACCCAACCCAGAAGGUCCAGUUGAGUAAUUCCUAGUGGCAUUUUCACCCCUGAAAGUCUGGAUCAGUGUCUGAUUUGGACAUUUGGACCGUUUAGUUUUGGAUUCACACUGCAUUUUAGGUUGUUUGGUAACACUUUCUUUGAAUGUCAUCUCUAUAAGACGCUAUGAACAUACUCAUAACACAUUAUAAUGCAUUCAUAAGGCAUUAUAAACAUGGCUAUACAUAUUUAUAAAAAAAUGUAUAAUUCAUUAUAGCCAUGUUUAUUAUGCAUCAUGAACUGUGAUUAUAAUGCAUUAAUAGCUGUGUUUAUAACAUGUUAUACAUCAAUACCAAGAAACUCAGUCCCAGCUUGCAGACUCUAUUAUGACUAAAAAAGCUUCCAACUUAUAAACACACCCUCAAUAAUCCUAUAAAUAUAUUUUUAACCACUCAUAAAUUAUUCUUGUCUUGAAUAUAAUAUUAAUUAUAGUCAAUUAUAAUGUGUUAUAACAGGUCUUUGUGCGCUCUAAGUAAAGUGCCAGACUUUCAGUGUAGGACUAGAUUAUUAAUGAUAGAGAUAUACUAUUUUAACAUGUAUAUUAUAAGCACAGCUUAUAAUGUAUUAUGAUCACAGGUCAUAAUGCUUAACAAACAUGGCUAUAAUGGGUUAUGCAUUUUUAUAAACAAUUAUAGCCAUGUUUAUAAUGCCUUAUGAAUGCAUUAUAAUAUGUUAUGAAUGUGGUUAUAGCGUCUAAUAAAGAUGACAUUCAUAGAAAGUGUUACCGGUUGUUUUUUUUACACCUGUAGUUUGUUUCUGUGGUGUAAAUCAGUUAACAAAUUACUUUACUUGGUGCAUUUUUCUUUGGUUUGCUUUGGUUUGCUUUGGUUUGGUUUGGUUUCACACAAGGAAAAUCGCUAGUGCACCAAAAUGCAUCGUUUCUGCUAAUUGUUCAGAGCUGUCCUGGGCGGACAUUAAGAAAUUAAAUACAGGAAAGGCCAUAAAGGAUCUUCUUCCUGUAUUUACUUUAUUGCUACACCCCAGAUAUCGCUGACCAAUAACCAGUGAGAACGCUCCCAUGUCCCAUGUUGUUACACAUUUUGUUGCACAUGAUUUAUUUAUUUUUCCCCUGUGUGAAAACAAACCAAACUAAAGGAGUUUAGCAGCAGAACAACCAAACUAUAUAGAUGUAAAAGAAAAAAUAAUGACCUAAAGCCAGUGUGAUACUGAAGAGCAAAGUAAUAAAUCCUUUGGCACACUCGAUUUACCCUGCAUGCAUCCAUUCGUCCACCAUCCAGGGUCUGUGUAGGUCAUGUUCAUGUCUAAGGUUAAAUUUAACAUGCUUGUUUUUUUUUUUAAAUACCUCCAUAUUAAACUUUUCUCUUUCCUGUUAACAUUCCUGUCUGUAAUAGAUACUGUAUCUUGACUGUAAAUGUUUAUGUACAAAGUUAUGUUGUAGAUUUGAAUAGUAAAUUAAACUUUAAAAAGUGACAAAA